UUUUAAAGGCAAUCGACCAAAACCAGACCUUCGGCUAUCUUUCACAUCGCCUUAUCGCUUCCUGACCGCAACCGCGGGCCUCUCCCUGGAGUUCAUGGCUCUGCUGCUCCCGUCAAGGCUGCAGCAGGCACUUAACUUUAGCGGUGCCGUCGUGACUCGGAGGGCUAGUAGGUUUCGCUGCUCGGCAAUCGCUGUAGACGCUUCCUCCCGUCUUGCUGGUGGAGUCUCGGGGAUUCGAUGGGGGUCGAGCACCCUCCAGGGCCCCCGUUCUGAGAUGGAGGAUGUCGUCGUCCUCCGAUCCGACGGCCUUUCUGGCUUUACCUUCGCCACUGUCUUUGAUGGCCACGCCGGCAUCUCUUCUGUCGAGUUUCUUAGGGAUGAACUAUACAAGGAAUGUAUGAAUGAAUUGCGAGGGGGAUUAUUGUUAGGCAGCAAGGAUUUUCAUGCUAUAAAGGAUGCACUUACCAACGCUUUUGAAAAUGCUGAUGGUAGACUCCUGACUUGGCUUGAACAGAUUCAGAAUGAAGAUGAAUCUGGUGCAACAGCUACAGUUAUGUUUGUUGGGAAUGAUGUCUUGAUUAUUUCGCAUGUCGGAGACUCAUGUGUGGUGUUAUCUCGCAAGGGAAAAGCAGAAGUUCUGACCAGUCCUCACAGACCUUUUGGGAGUAAUAAAGUUUCCAUGGAAGAAGCAAGGCGGAUCAGAGCAGCUGGUGGAUGGAUUGUUGAUGGCAGAAUUUGUGGUGACUUAUCUGUAUCCCGUGCUUUUGGAGACCUACGGUUCAAGACAAAGAAGAACGAAAUGCUGCUAAAAGGAGUCGAGGAGGGCAAAUGGACAGAAAAGUUCAUAUCAAGAAUAAAUUUUAAGGACGACUUGGUAACUCCUACUCCAGAUAUCACUCACAUAUAUCUUGGAUCUGAUGUGGAAUUUAUCUUGCUAGCUUCUGAUGGCUUAUGGGACUACAUAAAAAGCUCUGAUGCUGUAAACUUUGUGAGGAAUCAUCUUCGUCAACAUGGUGAUGUUCAGCUCGCUUGUGAAGCACUUGCGCAGGCCGCAUUGGACCGGAGAUCACAAGACAACAUCAGCGUCGUGAUUGCUGACUUAAGAUUGGCAAAACCUGCCAGAUCAAAGGCCCAACAUGUUUUUUGAAGCAGGACAAGCAUUUGUUACUGUCGGCAUUGUUUCAUUAGGAAUAUGGGUGGCAUAUUUUCUUUUUCUGUAAAUUCGUCUCUGAUGUGUAGUGGAAUUCCACCCCUUCCUGCUCCCGUGUACAUACAAGAAAUGUUUAAGAUACAUCUGUUAAUUGUCUUGCUAAUUAGAUUGUGCUUUCUUGGUUAUAUCU